GAAAAUGUGUGCAGCCCUGGCAGCACAACAAUAACAGAGAGAUUUCAACGUAGUGGCAACUUUGCUUUGCUUCGCACCGAGAAAAAUGGCAAAAUUUCUAGGUAUUAACCGCCUAGGCAGACUCUUCCAGGCAAUACGCGAAGCCGGCGGACUUAAGCAGGCCUAUUUAAAGCUAUACAGAAAUGAUGACCUAAAGACGGGCAAGCUAAUUGGCAUUGAUAAGUACGGAAACAGGUACUUUGAGAAUCCCUACUAUUUCUAUGGCAGAAACCGCUGGGUGGAGUACUCGCCUCAUGUGAACAUGGACUACGAUGGCUCUCAAAUACCCGCCGAGUGGUACGGCUGGAUGCACUACAAGACCGAUUUGCCACCCAUUCGCGAUGGCUGCCGACCCAAACACAAGUGGAUUGCGGAUCACAGCGAGAAUCUGUCUGGCACCAAGGAGGCAUAUAUGCCAUACAGCACAACGCCUCCCAAGGUAGAGGCUUGGAAUCCGAACAAGAAGUAAACUUCACGAUUCACUAGGUUAUUGUUAUACGAGAAUAGGAGGAAGGCUGUGGCAGGCAUGGCUCCAAUAAAAUUUGCUUUUAGUUGAGCAUCUUUAUUCGCA